UUCUCAGUUCGAAGCACAUGAUUGUGCACAAAUCAUACUGUUUUCAGACGAGCCAAUUACUGUCUCUCUCAGAUUUGUCAAAUUGAAUCACCCAUUGCCCGAGAAGACGUUAAUGAUAUAUUCAAAGUACUAGUUGCCCGGCUCGGCGCUUGUUUUUCUGCGCCAUGGCGCGUCGAAAAUGGGAGACAUUUCCUGGAAAAAUGAGAUUUUGCUGUGAUGGACGCCUGAUGUGUGGUCAAGAUAUCGGUGUAUUUGCCUUCGCAAUUGGCCUUAUCACCGUUGCGUCAGGCGUGUUCUUUGGCUUUACUUGUCCGUAUUUGUCCAGCAAUGUCUCACCAGCCAUCCCAGUGUUUGCUGGCGUGUUAAUGCUAAUGUCACUGGCAAUGUUAGUUCGCACUGGCACCAUGGACCCGGGCAUACUGCCGAGGGCAACCGGACUAGAGGCAGAGGUGAACGAAACCGGCCGAAAUCAAACAAUAGGUGCAGAUGACCAGCCGCGGCCGGCAAGUGAGGGCUACACACCUCCAGCUAGGACCAAGAUGGUCACCAUACAGAACAUGGAGGGAACGGUAGAGGUGGAGCGAAUGCUCAAGUACUGCUUCACGUGCAAGAUAUUCCGGCCGCCACGCGCGUCCCACUGCAGCAUUUGCGAUGCAUGUGUCGACCAGUUUGAUCAUCACUGUCCAUGGGUAGGCAACUGUGUUGGUCGUCGUAACUACCGCUACUUCUAUGGCUUCUUGGCCACUCUGUCCUUGUACUGCAUCUAUGUGCUGGCUUUUGGUAUUCUGCACCUGGUGUUGUUGUCAAAGGAAUAUGACAGCUUCUCAGCUGUGUCUCGCAAGGCGCCUCUGACUCUUGUCAUCGUCAUCAUAGCAUUCUUUGCUAUGUGGUCGGUGAUCGGAAUGUGUGGCUAUCAUACGAUGCUGGUCGGUAAUGCCAAAACUACCAAUGAGGAGAUCAAGGUGACGUAUGGAUCUAAUGCUCGGCAAUCCACGAAAAACCCGUAUCACCAAGGCAGUGCAUGGGAGAAUUUGAAGUACACGUUAUGUGCACCACUGCCAAGAAGUUUAUUGGACAGACGGGGACAGCUCACCGACGACGAGUAUUACGCUAUACGUGAUGAGACGAUAAACUCUGCGUCCAGUGCAGCGCGCAAUCUGAUGGGAACCACGCUGCCGUCGUCAUCCUCACCCAGCUCUUCACUGUCCGUCACGCGUGUAGCAAACACCGCGCCACUCAGGCAAACUGACCCGGCCGAAGGUGACCGCCUGAUGACGGCAGAGUGAUCACCCGUGUGCUGCACCGCCGCCGCCGCACUGCACCACCGCCUCGCCAUGUCCUUUCUCUCACUGGAAAACCGUGUUUGAACGUAUGCUCUAUAGGCUCUCGUAGUAGUUUCACUCGUAGUAGUUUCAUGUGUUUAUUUUUGUUUUGUUUUUACGCUGGUGUGCUGGUCAUGUCACCGCUGCUCUAAUUUCGUCAUAUCCACUCAUGCCCAUGAAAACUUCCACUUAGUACAUUGUGCUGGAUGCGAUACGCAUCGCUGCCAACGACCGCAAUAUUCUGGACCGCUCUUGCGCCGUUUCUUACAUUAGUUUCUUAUUUGCAAACCUUGGGAGGCUGGUUCCUCUCUGCCCAGACCUCACUCAAUACCAUGCCAGCUGUGUGUGUGUGCACGUGUGUGUGUGUUCUCUGCACCACCUGCUGCUGGCACGUCUGUCUUGCUUGUUCUAGGAUCUUGCCAGUCAACAUGCAGGACAUGACCGGGUGUAACAGUAUGUCUCUGUAUACACGUAGAUGCAGACUGUUUCAACUGCCGCACAUUGCACCGCAGCCGCACUAGACAUCUAGACAUCUUCAUUAUUUUCUGCGUGCUACUAUCGUCAUUCUGCAGUGUGAGAACAGUCACGCCGCGGCCAUGCAAGCAGCCCCCAUUGUUGCGAUACUCAUUAAUGUAACCCCCCCCCCCCCCCCCCCAUAUUCAACGCUUCAUGCCGUCAUUGGCAAGAGAAGCAGAACGCCGCCACAUACUUUUCCAGGCAAAAGGGAGCUUCAACAACCAAACACAAGCAUAACACUUGCUGUACAGCAGGAUUCAUAUAUUUUUUUAUUCUACUUCCAUUUCGUUCUGUUUGUUUCGUUCACUCGGGUCUUGACGUUGAUCUCAGCUUUAAAGUAUGUCGACAUCUCCGCGGAGAGAAGGUCAAACAGUGA